AGGUGAAAAUGUAUUUAGCUGGCUGACUAAAAAUGUUGAGAUAGCAUUUUAUUCCUCAACCAAUAUUAGAUCUCAUUUCUCUUUGUUUAUUAAAAUUAAAAGUAAAACCAUAUUUCUUUCUCUUUUCUUCUCCUCCUCUCUUCCUCAACACCAUCCUCUUUUGACUCAAGUGUUGAUCUAUCUUGAUAAUUGACAUGCUCACAACUCAACUCAUGACAAAUCAGUCAUUAAUUAAGUGAGCAUCCUUUUUACCAUAAUCGACGCUUGUUCAGAUCAGGUCUAUUUUUUAUCAUUUUUUUUCUCUGAAAAAUAGAAUAAUCUUCGAUAUGUCAAAUUCAAACCUUUUCCAAGUGAAGGAAGAAGAAGAUGAUGAGAAAAAGAUUAUAUCCAGUGAAGACAUACAACUCCCCACGUCCAAAAAUCAAGAUAAGUGCAUAGAGGAUAUUGCACUUGGUCAACAUGGUGCUGUUGACCGAAACCUAGAUGAAAAUAAUCCAGAUCAUGAUGAUAAAAAUGAAAUAUUUCUGGAAGAUUGUUCAGAGGAUCCAGAUAAAGGAAGGCCACGUUCAGAACAGUUUGGAACAAUACAGAGAAGAUCAACACAGACGCUGUGUGAAGAUGAUGAUACACACAAAUCGAGAAAUGAUCGCGAUGAUGAUGAUGAUGGAUUUAUAACUCCAACUUCUUCGGAUCACAAAAUCCCAGUGAUGACAAAGUGCCCACCUGCACCCAAAAAAACUGUCAAAAGAAAAUUUUCAGAUUCACCAAACAUACAUCCAACUCUCCAUGUUGACUUUGAAGAUUUGGAAGAGAAUAUCAAGAAAUUAAGAAAAAAGGAUCAUCAAGAAUGAACUAAAUUUAUAUAGCUAUAUAUUAAAGGUAUGAAAUAAAAUUUAUCAUUUGUAAUUAAUUACUACCUUUAUAUUCUAAG